UAUUUUGGUACCGUUACCUAUACUAAAGGCUGGUGUCCUGGCAGCAAAGCGGCGACUUUCAGUCAGAAUGGUUCCUAUGCUACUGUGCCCAACAUUAACAUAACAACCUGUGACUUUACAAUUGCAUUUUGGGUAAAGUAUAUUGGUGUUGACGGGCCUAUACUGGCACUUCGGUCACAGGGUGGAAAACUAUUUUACGUUACAGUCAAUAAUUCCCGACUCGUUUUAUCGAUACACAACACGUUCCACUUACAAGUCAAUUCCUGGAAUCACGUAGCAGUAACCUGUCAGCUGAAUAAGAUCAAGGUGUUCGUUAAUGGUGCGGAGGAGGCAUUAAUAGACCAAAGGAAAGAGAAUUUCUUCUCAUCAUUAGGCCGUUAUCAGCCAGAGUACAUCAUAGGGAAUGAUCCAGUUUUAGUCAAGAUGCCAAUGGCAAAUGGGGUGUUUUCUGGAGCAGUCAUGGAUCUUUAUGUGACUGGAAUAGCUUUAUCUCCGAGGCAGGUCUCUGACCUGAGUAAAGGUGAGAGUAGUAUCUAUCCGAGGAUAAAUCGUAUUCUUCGAUCCUUAAAAAGGGGUCAGUGGGAUGUUAAAAAAUUGAAUGUUCUUCUUAUAGUCCUGGUUUAAAAAUGUUUUGGCAUAAUUCGUCAUAAUUUUUAGCAAUUUUCCAAAAACUUUUGUAAUAAUUUGCACUUGUCAAUGGUGGAUCCAGACCUUCAGAUAAGAGGGGGGAGGGCCUGGUCAUCCAGAUCCUGAGAUUGGGGGAGGGGGGCGGUCUCCAAAAAAAUUUUUUUCGGCCCUUCCGGCCUCAGUUUGGUCUAAAACUAGAGGAGGGGGGCGGGCCCCCCGGGCCCUUACCCUAGAUCCGCCACUGCUUCUGGCUAGUUUACAGCUCAAAAUUGUCAUGUUACCACUUAUUUUGGCCCGACAUCAGAAUUACAGGCAAAUUUAAGUCACGAAAUCAAUUUUUUGCAUGUGCAUAGUCAUCUCGAUUACUUAAGAUGGCGUCAGCAAUUCUCGUCCCCAGAGCCCGUCGUUUAAACACGGUAAAAUUCAUCCACCAUGGGCAGAAAUCAGAGACAGCCAGCGGUCAAUUUGCGGGCUCAUGCCUGUUUUCGAUUUCUCUCAAAAUAUUGGCACAAAAAUGAUAAAAUUGUUGUUAAAAAAGUAAAGAAUCAAGCUUUAAAAAAUAUUUUAUAUCUUUAAAGGCGAUCUAAAAGCACCAAAAGCUUUCUUCCUUUAAAAAAAGAGUUGCGCAAUGCCUUUACAUUCUAGUCACGCUUGUUGUCACGGGUUGGUCACGUGGUCUUGCCCUAUCAUCUUUGCACAAAAAUGUGAAAAAUUGUCUUAUGCGUGCAGCCCAAAGGAUUCAUAAGCCAUUCAGUUUUGGCUUUGUGCACUGACAUCAGUGCUCUAAUGAAUAAACGCUUGACACAGAAAACUAUGUUGACCUAUUAGUAUAGCAAAGGAGAUACAGUACUUCCAGCAGAAAAAAACAAAAAAUUAAUAGCACAUUGUAAUAAACUUAUUACGUACAUAUCAUUUCUGUAAUGUAGUCCUUGAGCUUGAUUUCCUCUCUUACUGUAACACUGACGAAUAUCCAGAGGAAUUAGACAGACUGAUUAGAUUUAGUAACGCUAUACAAGUGUCAAUUGCUCGAUUUUUAACUUUUAAUCUAUGUGAGCAGGGACUAACCAUUAACUCCUCCUUUCAGUUUCCCCGAAUGCGACGGUCGAUACAGAGGCAAAAUUUGCCCACAACGAAGGCAAACCUUCUUUGUCAAGGCUCGUGGUUCUCGUAAAAACUUCGCAAACGUGACCUUCAAUUCUCUUCUUCACUGCUAUUGCAUUGCAUUCAAUUGCUAAAAAAACAGGAUUGUCGCGAUCGACGUAAAUCAGACACGGAUUUCAUGUUUGCAGUUCUAGAGGGCAGGAAGUAAAAUUUUAUGCGCAGUAGAUUAUAUUUUUAAUUUGCUCUGCGCAAUCAAUUCCUUUCAGCCAAUGAAAAAAUUCGUAUUUUCCGUUGCGUCCAGAGCCACUGGUUCGUUACAAAUUAAGCCGAGUGGCUCUGGGGAUGAGAAUGGGCGUCAGCGUGCUGGUCGUUAAUUCACGUUUCAGUUUUUGUAGUUGUUAGACAGUUUUGUAGGUUUAGUAGUGUACCUUUCUACAUUCAUCUAUCACUGCAAGUACAUCAGUGGAAAUCACUAAGUAAUCGCAGUAUUAUUUUCAUUAUUUAAAGGUAAACCAAUUACACCCGUGAUAAACAACAAGGAGUCGGAAAUACAUGGUUGCAAAGUCACUGUUACGUGGAGUAGAAAAGAAAUAUGCACUAUAACAAAGAGCACUCUACGCUUUAGGGAGAUAAAGCCACUAGGCAUUGAAGCUGACUGGACAGAAUAUAAGGUUCCUUCAACCACCUCUCAUCUUCUAUCUCUGGAAUGCGACAAAGGGUAUGAGAUUGGAGUGUCUUCCUGGUUUGGAGGAGUUCAAAGCGAC